UCUUCCAUUCUAAUCUCUUUUUCUCUCAUUUUCUUUCAUUUAAUUUCUCUUUUCAUUUUCCCAUGGCCAAGGAGCUCGAAGAACUCCAAGAAUGCGAUGUCAUUUUUCCCGAUCAAAUGGGUCGCCAUAACAUGCCCAAGAAGUCCAACUCCGAGAAGAGAAUGGCCAACUCGCCUCCCCUCGGUAUCCCGGAUAGAAUAUUCCGCCGCUUGGUUAGCGAUGACCUUGACGACGCACGGGAAGACGGGGAAAUGGUACCUCCCCACGUUAUCAUAGAGCGGCGAAUCGCCGGGAAAAUGGCGUUCUCUCUUUGCACCGGCAACGGGAGGACUCUCAAGGGCCGGGAUUUAAGCCAUGUUCGGAAUUCGAUUCUCAGAAUGACUGGCUUUUUGGAAACGUGACGACUGUUUUAAUCUAUGAGUCUAUACCAUUACCUGUAUUAAUCCAUGGCCGCGAGGCCGCGACUACUCUUUGUUUUUUUUUUAUUUCAAUGAAAUGUUACGCAGUAGUGAAAAGGAAAAUACUUUCAUUCGGCACUGUUCAUGUUCACUUGUUCUUAUCUAUUUAUUUUAGCAAUUGGGGAUUAAUGUCAUUCAUUAAUAGACAUAUAAAAAUCCGGAAUAAGAAACUGAAUUUGGUUUUAUGGGUUCCUUAUGAUUGGUUUUUUGUUGUUUUUUAAUUGCGUGUAGUUGAAGUUUUUGACUUUUGAUCAGGCUGU